AUGUUUACUACAAAAGAGAGAGAUCGUACAAAGAUCUUCAUCGUUGUAUUGGAUGGACCAAAAGUUUUGAGGGAGAAAAGUGGUGUCGCACCGCUAAGUUACGCCCUCCGGCAGGUAGUACAGCCAGACGAUGAGGUGGUUGUCCUUGUAAUCUUUAACUCCGGCGAUCUGACACACACACCGGUUAUUUCCAGUUGUUGUAUCAGAACUGAUGGCCGGAAUCAUCAGCCAAAUAAUGAAAGAGACAUAUUCAUUACAAAGCUUAGAGAGGAGAUUAGUCAGGGAACAGAGGGUUAUAUGCGGAUCUUCCGACCAUUCCAUAGAGAAUGUAAAAACAUUGGAGUUAAGUUUGAGGCAAAGAUUGUCAUUGGGCCCACGUUAACUGCCAUUAUAUCGGAAGAAAAACUCAACACAGGAGCCACUUCGGUUGUUAUAGGAAGGAGUUUUGCGGCGGAGACUGUGCCAUGUACAAGCCGAAAAAACUGCAAAUUUACGUCAAUGUUUAGUGAAGAUGAAGAAAUGAUUUUAUACACAUGCAACCCUUUAGGCGAAUCUUCAGGAGUCAAAACCGAAGGUUAUCGAGAUCAAAAACCUUCGAAAUACAAGAAAAAACAGUCGUCGAACAAUGAAGUAAAACCCAUAUAUCAUAUCCUCCCAAAUUUUGAGGGCAUUUAUCAACCUUCUUCAAGUUCUUCAAGCAUCGGAAGCACAAGUGAACCACAACAAGAAACAGAAGAUUUUGAGAAGUUUAAGGAUCAUUUCGUUGAAAUAAGCAACACAGCAUCAUCGUCGAGUACUUCGCGUGGAUUAGAAUUUCUUGUUGAACUAAGUUGGGAAGUGAUAUCGGAGAUAACAGAUCGGUUUAAAAACAUAAUUAAUGUCUCUUCAAAUGAGGCGUUUCAAGUGUAUAGGGGUUAUUUUGAAGAUAUAUCAUCUGCUGUUUUCGUGAAGAGAUUCGUUGGCAAUCAUUUUAAUUACGUUCUUGAAGCUGAAAAGAAGGCAGCUUUGUCUAUGUAUCAUAAAAACAUUGUUCGGUUGCUUGGAUUCCAUCAGAACGAGAAUGCGAUGGCGUUGGUUUUUCCAUAUGCUUCUAGAGGUUCACUAAUGGACAGAUUUCUCAAUGGAUUCUGGACAAAGGAAUUAGAAAUUGAUUUUGCUGAUAAAAUGAAAAUAGUAAUUGGAAUAGCUCAAGGUCUGCGUUACAUGCAUGAACAAUGUCCUAGAGGCCCGAUAGUUCAUGGCGAUUUACGAGCAUGCAAUGUUCUUCUAGGCCACAACUUAGAACCUCAGGCACGACCUUUACUAGCACAAAGAGCAUACCAUAUAUUAUACGAUGAGUCCGAGCAUGAUUUCCAUGGAUUACUUGUAGUGACAACUGCUGCUACUCGAUGCAUCAGCACAAGAUGGAAAUCAAGGCCAUGCAUGAGCCAGGUGCUUUCACUUCUGAAAGGGGAGAUUUCUUGCGCUGAACAAACAUUUCCAUCGACUGAAAGCAGCCCAGCUGCGAACUUAAGUCCAGAUUCAAAUGUAUGGCUACGAUCGAAUGAAAGCAGCUCUAUCAUGGCCUUAACUCCAGACUCAAAUCUAUGGGUAGUGUGA